AUUUUGUUUUUUAUAAUUGUUUUUUAAUGUGAUUUUUUUAUCCUUGCUUUGUAUUUGAGGUAUUCUUAUUUAACUGUUGAGAUGACCUGAGUUUUGUGAAUCAAGCUGUUGGCAAGGGGGCCGGGAGUUAGCAAGACAAAGAUGCAAGUUCUCAAUUGAUAGGAGAAACUAGAGAGAAUGAGAACAGUAAAUAUUAUAAAUAUACUAUUCAAAUCGUCUUAAUCAUCUAUAAAAACACCGUUGCCAUCAACUCUAAUUGUUCUCACCUUGUAACUUUCAAGUAACCUUAAUCGUUCAACACAUUUUGCCCCAUAAUUGUCCUCUUUGCCUCUUUUUCUUCCUCUCUCUCUCCCUUUCUCUUUCUAUUUUCAACCUUUUCCAUACAGUAAUGUAUGUUUAUUAGACAACACACACUUUCUUUUCAACUCAUUUUUUUGUAAAAAUUUGGAUAUCAAAAGGAUAUAAAUUAAUCGCUCCGAUUUGCCAACUAUGGCGGCUGGUCUAUAUGACAUAACUAGUGAGACUCUUGGUAAAGGACAUUUCGCUGUUGUCAAAUUGGCUCGACAUUGUUUGACUGGAGAACUUGUUGCUGUUAAAAUAAUUGACAAAAUGAAACUCAAAAAAGAAGGAUUACGACAGCUUGGAUUGGAGAUUAAACUAUUAUCACGUUUAUCGGAAAAAGAACAUCCUAACAUUGUCAAGCUGUAUCAAGUGAUAGACACCAAGACUAAAUUAUAUCUUGUCAUGGAGUAUCCUGGGAAAGAUGUUUGUGAUCUUUAUGACUAUAUUGAUCGGAAAAGCAGCAAAGGUCUGAAGGAAAAUGAAGCUCGCCAUAUAUUUAGGCAAAUUUGUAGUGCAAUACAUUAUUGUCAUUCCUUAAGAAUCGUUCAUCGUGAUCUGAAACCUGAAAACAUCUUAAUUGUCAACCAACCCUCCGAUUGUAAUAUGUCUGAUGAUGGUCAUCAAUAUCCUCUAGUUAAGUUAAUUGACUUUGGUUUUUCAAAUCAAUGGGAUGAAGGAGAAAAGUUGAGAACUUCAUGUGGAUCUUUGGCUUACUCUGCUCCAGAAAUUUUAUUAGGAGAUUAUUAUGAUGGAGACAAAGUUGACAUCUGGGGCCUCGGUUGUAUACUUUAUAUAUUAUUGUAUGGUUAUAACCCGUUCAUGCAAAUCAACGACAGUGAAACUUUAAUCAAAAUAUUAGACUGUUCAUUCACCACACCCAGGAGACCUUCCAUCUGUGAUUCUUCAAUUCAUUUAAUUAAGUCGCUACUUCAACGUGAUCCCAACUCCCGAUUAACUAUCAGUGAAGUUCUUGAUCAUAUUUGGUUAAAAGGUUCUAAAGAAGAUGACGGAAACGGAUCUGAAGAUGGUGUAGGUGGUAAUGAAAGUAAUGCUAAAGAUGAUAUUUCCGCUGGCUCACCACAUGAAUCAAAUGAUCUCACUAAGUCAUCUGUUAAAUUAAACAAAACAGAAUCAAACAUUCAUGAUAAAGUCAUUGAUCAUAUGGUUUCACAAGGAAUGUGUUCAUCUAAAGAUCAUGUUGAAAGUGCCCUAAAAAAGACUCGAGAUCGUGUUAAUCGAACUAAAUCAAGUGAAUUAAUUACAUCUCCUGUUGAAAUCUCAGUUCAGCUACCUUUGCCCAUGAAUGGAGAAAAAUUGAAUGAGAAUAAAUCUUCGCAAGAUAAUUAUGUAACUGCCACCUAUCAUCUGUUGAAAGAUAAAUUAGUUCGUGAGCUUCAUCAUAAUAAUUUAAAUUCUACAUCUUCAUCUGAAUCUCCUCAAUCAAAAGAAAAGCACCACUUAAAAAGUAGAAGACAACGAAAGCCACUUGUACAGCAAGCUCCCCGUUUAAGGCCAAGCUUUGGAUCACCAUUAAGAGACUCUAGCAAUGAUAAAAGCAAUAACAAGUUGAAUCAAUUGGAAGUUUCAUCGUCAGAAGAUGAUCAAUCUUUUGUUCUUCCAUUAGCUCGAAAGUGUUCCAUUGUUAGUGAGGAAGGUAGUUGCGCAGGGACUGAUAUAUCUGGUAAUGAUGGUCAAAAUGAUGGGCCUUUACUGGAGAUCGGAGCACCAUUAUUCGAAAUAGAUCAACCACCAGUAGAUAUAAUAGUUACCGAUUUCAGUGACAAUGAUCCUAAAUCAGUUGACGAAUGCAUUGAAGAAGGUGAAGAUGAAAUUGAUUCAUUUGGACUAGGCAAUGAAGCAAGCGAAGGAAAUACUGAACAUCAAAAAGCCAUUCAACUUAAAAAUGACGAUUUCACCGAAAAGGGAGAAGGAAAUAACUUCAAAAGUGCUAAUGUUAGCUAUGUCGAAGAUCCGACUUCAGUUGAAAAUGAAAAUGCCAACACCGAUAAAGCUGUUGAAGAAUUUUCUUCUCGACUUUUGAAAACAUCAUCAACUGAUUUUGUUGCCAAUCAGCUUCAUCUUGUUUCAAGUUCACCAGAGUUAUUGCGCGAGGAUGAUUAUACAGAAUUUUGUAACGAUCAAAACGAUCUUUCAUCUGCUGAUGUUUCUGAAUCUACCCCUGACCCUGUGCAUCUCUCAUCCCAUCGAAUUAAAAACUCGCUCACCAAUGCAACUUGUGUCACAGCUUCUCCCACUAUGAUACUCGCCGAUACUCGAAAUGAUAGUAAAAACGAUAUUGGUGACCAUGUUAUUAAUCAUUUUACUUACAACUCCAAAUCAACAACCAAUGGCGGAUCGUCAACAGCAACCUCCCUUCGAAUUAUCGUUCAAUCAAAGUCUUGUAACAACAUACUCUUCGGUGAUGAAGAUAAAUCAUGUUUACCUUGUAAUACAUCUUCAUCAUCUGCCGUUUCAAAAUCUAGGAAAGGUCUUAGUAGUAAUUAUAGAAUGAGUUCCCUUUUAAAACGAAAUAAAAGUGAUAAAGCUGAUUGCUGCAGUAUUUGCUUACCUGUAUCCAGUUCUAUAUUUUUUUAUCUUUUUCUCUUGGUGGCCACAUCACCAAUAUCAAUAAUGAUAAAUUUCUCUUCAUUGACCGGUUCUGGUGGUGGUGGUGGUUUACAACCCGAGGAAUGGUCGAUUCCCAAUGAAGAUCAAUCUAAUCAACUAGAAAUAAACAUUCGUUUGAAGCAGAGUGAGAUAAAAAUUCUGCUAAAUGAACUUGAAACGCUACAUCAAAUGAUGAACCAGCUAGAGAAUCAAAAAUCAGAGGCCAAAAAACGAUUACAGGAUAUGUCUUCUCAGGUUGAAAGCUUGCGAACUCAGACGGAUCAAUAUAAAGAAAGUAUCGAAACACAAGAAAAUGAAAUUAACGCAAAGAAACGAGAAUUGGAUGAACUAAAAUCUGAAGAAAAUCAAAUGCAAAACAAGCUAUCUGAAGUAAAGAAGUCAGUUGAUGCCAUAUCGAGAGAGCUUGCAGAUAAUGCAAUUACAAUGAGUCAAUACAAACUAAAGCUGGUAAAUCUUGAAGAGUACGAAAAUCGCUUGGAAACCAGUAACUCCGAACUAGAAUCUGCAAUAAUUAAAGAGGACAUAGAUAAAUUAAACGGUAUUUUAGCUCGGCCGAUUACUCCUAUCAGUGAAUUGAUUUCGGAGUUUCCCGAGAUCAAAGACGAUCUGGAGUCAGGUUCGUUUAUGGAUAAAGAUGCAGGCUUCAUGUCAUUUGGAAAUGAAUUUCAGCAUGAUCCUUUCGCUGGUGAAGAUCUUUUCAAUGAAGAUGAUCCUUUCAAAAAAGAUGUUUCAUCUAGUGAUAAUUUCUUCGCCAAUGACAAUUUUUCAUCGCCAACGGAUUCUGGUAUCAAAUCAGCUUUCGAUCCUUUCAGUAAUCCACAAAUCAACAACCGUAAAGACUCAAACGUUGACCUAUUCGGAGCUGAUCCAUUCUCUCUCAGUCCUCGAAGCUCUAGUCCUGCUCCAGAACUACCUCCUAAGAAAUGUAAAGCACCUCCGCCAAGACCUGCUCCACCAAAACCUGGAACUAAACCACCGCCACCCAGACCAGCUCCUCCAUCUGAAAGUUUUAAAAAAGCCGUUGAUCCAUGGGGAGCUUCCGCUGAUGAUCCUUUUUCUGCUUCCACUACAGCAUCUGUUGAUAAUUUUGAUGCUUUUGGAUCCAAUUUCGCUGACUUUUCUGCUUUUGAACGUAAAUAGUUGAAGAUUUCUUGAGAUAAAAUCUAAGCUGAAAAAUGAUCGAAAGGCAAAGAAGUCAAUCUGAAAGUUGACAUCUUACGUGAUUUGCUCAGUAUGUGUGUAACUAAAAGCAAAUCAAUAGCAGUUUGUUAAUUCUUCAAAUGAAGAUAAUAAAUAAUGUCGUUUUAACAAUUUAA